AUGGUCAUAGGCCAUCACAGUCAUAAGAUCAUCCAUGCAUCCAAAAAUGGCAAAAAAGGACAUUUGUGUCACACAGCUUUCAUAGGAGAUGACUCUCUUGUGAGUUUGAAUGUUUACAAUCAUAUUUGGGACAGUGGUAGAAAUGAAACAGAUAUCAGCGAAGGACAGAUUAGAGAGAAAGAGGUACAGGGUGUGGAGGUGGGAGACACAGCUGACAGUCAGGAUUAUGAGCAGAUUCCCAAGCACUGUUAUGAGACACAGCAGCUACAUGGAUGCAAGAACCAUACAGGAAUACCACAGUUCCUGCUCCAGGGAUUCUCAGAUGAUCCUGAGUUACAGUCCUUGCUCUUUGGGCUGUUUCUGUGUAUGUACCUGCUCACAGUACUUGGGAAUCUGCUUAUUAUUCUGGCUACAUGCACUGACACUCACCUCCACAACCCCAUGUACUUCUUCCUCUGCAAUCUGUCCUUUAUUGAUAUUUGUUUCACCUCUACCACAGUCCCAAAGAUGCUGGUCAACAUCCAGACAGAGAGCAAAAACAUCUCCUACAUAGAAUGCCUUACUCAGGUUUAUUUUUUUAUUACUUUUCUUGGAAUGGAUAAUUUCCUACUUACUGUGAUGGCUUAUGACCGUUUUGUGGCCAUCUGUCAUCCCCUUAAGUACACAGUCAUUAUGAAUUACUGGCUCUGUGGUUUUUUGGUCCUGAUAUCUUGGAUUAUAAUGUCCUCAGUCUCCCUCAUUCACAUUCUACUGAUGAAGCUAUUAACUUUCUCUAUAGGAACUCAGAUCCCACAUUUCUUCUGUGAAUUAGCUCUUCUCCUCAAUGUGGCCAGUUCUCCCCCCCUCAUGAAUAACAUCUUUUUAUAUGUGACAACUGCCAUGCUAGGUGCAAUUCCAGCUACUGGGAUCAUUUUCUCUUACUCUCAGAUUCUAUACACCUUACUGAGGAUGUCAUCCCUUAAAAGCAAGUAUAAAGCAUUUUCGACCUGUGUGUCUCACCUCAGUGUGGUUUCCUUGUUCUAUGGAACAGGGCUUGGGGUUUACCUCAGUUCUGGUGUGAACCAUUCUCCCAAGAGAAGCAUGAUUAUCUCAGUGAUGUACACACUGGUCACCCCCAUGCUGAACCCCUUCAUAUACAGCCUGAGGAACAAGGAUGUGAAGGGGACCCUGGGAAGACUCCUCAGCAAGCAACCUGUAAUUUGUAAAAACCAUCAGACUCAAAACAAAUAA